UUAUCUGUGGCCAUAUAAGUCUUGUAAAUAAAAUAAAAAAAAUGUUUCUCAUUUUAACUAAUUUUUCAGUUAUCCAGGAAACUGGAAUAUAAAAAGUGCAUUUUAUAAACUACCAUCUAAGCUAUUCAGUUUGUAUGUUAUAGCUGUAAAAGUUGGGUACCUAAUCAUGGCACAAACAUGAAUGGCAACAUCUUUUUUUCUGCCAUAAUUAUACGACAUUGCCUUCAUCUUCUCCCCAGCCCAUGUGUGAGACAAUUCUUAGGUCUUCUAAUGUUAAAACAGAAUCUUGCUCCUUAAGUCAACUCUGUUGAAGGACAAUCUCAAGUCAAGCAGUUUUCUAUUCUUCUCUAUAGAAUUACUCUGUAUGACUACCAAGCCAUGUGUAGAACAACCAAAGAGAGUAGUGAUAGCGCCCAUACCUUAUUGGAUCCUUACAAAGCUUUCUUUGCUGCAGUCAAAUGGAUUGUGACUGAACUUGUCUUGUUUCUGGUGGAAUUUAAUCUAUGCAAUUGGUGGCAUUCGGAUCUUAUGGCAAAGGCUCAGCGAUUGAAGCAAACCCUAGAGCCUUGUGACACUGAAUAUCCAGCUUUUGUUUCUGAACGCACAAUCAAGGAGACUACAGGAAAUAUUUAUUGCGAUAACUGCUUCAAGUCCUUUGUUAUCCAACAAAUUCAAAAUAGCAAUCUCUUCAUGGUAGUAGUAAGUAAUGAAUGUGACUGUGAAUCUGUUUCACCAAUUACCAUGGAACCAAUAGAAAUAAGGUAUAACGAAUCCCUAAAAUGUGAACGCUUAAAAUCUCACAAGAUUAGGAGACGUCCAGAAUCUUGUCAUGGAUUCCAUCCUGAGGAGAAUGCUAGAGAAUGUGGUGGUGUUUCAGGCCUGAAUGCUAAGCCUACUCUUCUUGUGCUAUCUCUGCUGUGGGUCAUUAUCUCAAGGUGACACUGGCUGAUCCAUGAUGCCCUGUUAAAUCUAUGGAUAAACUGUGAACUGAGAAAUGGUGCAACUAGAAGACAUGAAAUAAGUCAAAACAUCAGCAUUUCAUGAUUUUAAACAAUGGGAUGAUAUAAACUCUAAAUUAUGUAAAUAAAAGACAUUUAUCUUUUCUUUUUUCUUUUUCUUUUUUUGCACAUCAUGCAAAUAUGGAUUUGCCAUACAAUAAUCACCAUUCAUCAAGAAUAGAGCCUCUUCAGUAGAUAGAUACAAAUGGUCAUUACUUUUCGCUUUACCCCAUGGAAAACAAUUUAAAACUCUGUACUUUUUAAAUAAAGUAUGUUAAAAUCGAAA